AUGGAAGAAAAUACGAUUUACUCUUCAAUUAUGAGAGAUGAUAUCAAAUCAUUUAUAUCAUUUACAGAAAGAGAAGGUUUUGAUGAAAAUAUUAAACUAAAAAGAGAAAUUUUUCCAUUCUCAUGGAAUGGAUUUACAUUACUUGAAUUAUGUUGUUACUAUGGAUCUGAUGAUUGCUUUAAAUUUUUGAGGACAAAAUUCAAUUCCAAAAUAACUUACACAUGUCUAUGUUUUUCGUUUUUGAGUGGAAGACCAGAAAUAAUGAAUAAAUGCUUGAAAUCCAUUAAACCAGACCAAUCAUGUAUGAAAUGGGCAAUUAUUUCACAUAAUAUUGAUUUUGUAGAAUUUCUAAUGAAUGAACAUCAUAUUGGAAUUAAAUUAGAAUAUUGUUGUAGAUACAACAAUCUUCAAGCAUUUUUUGUAUACCUUGAUCAAACAAAUGAUAUAGAUAAUUGCUUCAUGUUCUCUCCAUCUUUUGGAAUUCAAGAUCUUUGCCAAUAUUUGCUUUCAAAGGGCGCAAAUAUUUUAAACAGUACCAAGCCUGUGUAUAAACUUGUAGGAUCAUAUACUAAUGAGGAUAUUAUUGACGAAAGAAGUGUAGUGGGCUAUGAUAUCACGCAAACGAAUAAUAAUGAAUGGACUGCUCUCCACUGCGCAGCGCAGUAUGAUCAUAAAGAUAUAGCUGAAUUUCAUGUUACAAAUGGAGCAGAUGUUAAUUUCAAAGACAAUUUUGGUAGAACUGUUCUUUAUUAUGCUGCAUUUUGGAAUAGUCUUGAAACAGCAAAAUUUCUUUUAGCUCAUGGUUUAAAAUUAGCGGAAAAUAAAGCUGUUUUAAAUGUUGCAGUAGAGAGAAAUAGUAAAGAAAUGAUAGAAUUUCUUCUCUCAAAAGGAGUGAGCAUCAACAGCAAAAAUGAAUUUAAGAAAACUUCUAUUAUUAUAGCAGCGGAAUAUAAUUUUAUAAAUGCAUUAAAACUUUUGGUUUUAAAUGGAGCUGAUGUUAACUCAACAGAUGAAGAUGGGGAAACUGCACUUCACUAUGCAUCACUUCGGAAUCAUAAAGAUAUAGUUGAAUUUCUACUAUUAAAUGGUGCUAAAAUUAACAUAGUUAAUAACUUUGGAGAUACUGCAUUGCAUUAUGCAGCUUUUUGA